AUGACACACUCUUUCAAUACAAACACCAACGCCAAUAUCCCAUUCCCAUGGGCCGCCCAACCAUUUGACGACCCUUCCGGCCCGCCAUGGAUGCCGAACGGUGGCCCGUCUGCUCAGUCCGUCGGACGCGCCCGCCUCCUCAGCACUGACGCCCCGAGGAACGAUGCCUCCCUCAUCAAGGACUUCAAUGACGAACUUCCAGACCCUGGCGUCCACGACAACUCUCUCACUCAAUCGUCCUGGACGUUGGUCGAUGCGGCGCUGGCCGGUCCCACCGAUCUACCCUUCGACCUUGCCAUUGAUAACGACAUCCAUCUUGAUGCUGCCAAACCACUCUCGUACGAUAUCGCUGCUACGAGCAGUCGAGCAAGCUCCACAGGAAUCGACGACGAGUCUAUCGUCAUCAGCCUCCCCGAGGAUUUGUAUGAUGUCGGCUUUAGUGCCAGCUACGGCGACACCGUCCUGUCCGACAUCAACAGCCCAGGCACAAGCUUCUCCGAUGCUAACCCGUCGACGAAUCCCUCCCUGGAGAACAGUCUCGUUUCUUCACGAUGCCCAUAUCUCAGCAGCCAGGCAGAGAGUUUCAGGGCCGGUGCUUCCUCAUGGAACGCAAUGAGGGCCUCCCAGUCAUCCAUCACCAACGCCAAUAGCAAUCUUCAAGGCAUUGGUUCUGCAAGUACGCCGACAAGUCUCCCGAGACAGAAUACUAGCGCCUUGUCGACGGGACUGGCCGACCAGAGUCUAUACCAUGCUAGUGGUACCAGUCCCUCCUCGGAAUACUUUAACCAGUGGAGUUUGUGCGCCAGCAACGAUGCGAUGGGGUCCUUCGACGAGGUCAUGCCCGACGACUCGCCCCUCUCAGAAGCCUUCUUUUCAGACGUCGCAAGCCAGCCGGGCCCCUCUUUCGUCAUCGUUCCUCCAGAGAAGCCUGAUGUGACGAUGGGCGACAUCGACGACUUCGCAACGUCUGAAUUCCUCAUGGCCUCCGAAACACAUCCCAUUGACUACUACCUCUCGGCGACUUACGCCGCCGCCCAACUGGCGGAACCCCGAAGCGUACCGAUGCCGCAAGCUUCUGCAGCCAAUGCCGUGGGCCGCCUCUCGGUCCCAUCGCGCCGAGCUCGUCGAAAGUCAGACCCUGGCCGUAUGAAUCCUCACGUGAGACCACAUGCAUCGGCUUCUCGGCUUCAACCAACCACGAGCAGUGCAAAUCUAUCGCCCCGAGUAAGUCCUACUCAGAACCCCAGGGCCUGCUUUCCCUCCGCCGCAGAGAGCCCUCGGUUUCAGCGGAUGCGUUCGACGGACCCAGCGAGGGUCUCGGGUGUUGCUUUACCUAUGAGCAUCGCCUCUCGGCCCAGAAGGUUGACCGAUCCCGGCCAACCCACCGAUGGCCAGGCCGUAAUGCCUCGGCUGAGCCGACCGGGCCCCGCGCGUGGACGUCGACAGGGGCCGAUGGACCCGGUCUCCCGUGGCCAGGCCAAGGAAACGCGAAACAGGAAGAUGGUAUGCAUUCGAUGCAAACAUUCCAAACAGAAGCGAGACGACAACGACUCUCUCGACGGAUCUUGUAACGGUUGCAAAAAGCAUGGCGGUUCUCAGAGGUGGCCGGGGCCAUGCAUCAAAGCUCAUUUUGAGGAUCUUAUCCUCGCCGGCUCGUGCAACUACGUCUCUUCGCAUGCCAUCCACCACCCGACACUCGGUCACAUCACACGCAUUCGUCGGGAGCUUCCCAGACAGAUCGACCUCAACGUACUUCUGGCCAGGUUGGACCAGGCGCGUCAGAAGUUCAACGUCAAGGUUUACCAAGACGGGCGGCCCCUUUACGUCCUUGACCUCGAUUGUUGCCAUAAAUAUAUCCAAGGCCUCCGACAACAGAUGGAUGCCGGCGAGUAUGAUUUUGCGACUUUCAUUGACAGAGACAUUCUUCGAACAGACCCGAGGAACGACGACUGGGAACGGUGCAUGACGCAGACGGCGACACCGUGGGGUGAUUGGCUUUCUUUGCUUUCCAGUGUCAACAACAUGCCCAGCCGUGCCAGCUUCUCCUACGUAUCCAAACCUUACUACCCUACACCGGUGGGGGCGGUGGGCGAGCAGCCCAUGAACGUUGAGGAUUCAGACGAAGCGGACAACCUUAUACUCGCAGCCCAGCUGGCGCGGAUCAUGUGCCGCAAGCUCGAGGUCAAGGCUUACCAGCACCUACAGCGCCUUCUGCAUGAGUCGGGGACAAUGGAGGACGGCAGGGUGUUAGCAUUCCUGCAGAGCCUGGGCCGUAUCCUCUUGACACUACGGUGGCGGCUAUCGUGGUGGGCCGCGGCGCCCGAAGUCGUCGGCACGAGCGACGACGAGGGCGACGGCAAUGACACGGCCAACCGGCAGCGCGUCGAGCAGCGGGUCCAGUCCUUGUGUCGAGUGCUGUACUUCUACUACUGCUACGUCCGUAGACGGCUCCCAGUAUGGACCAACAUCGGGACGCUGAGCGGCAUCCGCUCAAGGUACCCGGACACGCAGAGGGAGGUCUGGGACGACUUCCCCGGCGACGAGAGCCUGGAAGGGUUCGCGGCAUGGAUGGAACGGGGCAGAGGGCUUAUCGUCGAGGCCGGGGUCGGGAGCCAAGCCCAACCCAGGUCAAUAGGACUCGUGGCAUAA